CAAGCUACAGGCGCUACAAAGUUGUCCGGCCUAGUUAAAAAUUACUAAUACAGUAAUACAAUACAGCCCUUGCUGGAUUUGUUGUUGUUGUCUUAUUGACAUGUUAAAUUGAUUUAAGCAAAACUUUAAAGGAAUCAUUCAAAAUGUCUAGCAAUACGACUGGCAAUAUGAGAAGUAUUAGUCAAUCGAAUGCUAGUGUUCCAGAACAAAACAAAGGCACUGUGGAAACCCUUGCUCAAUCUUCACAUGCCGUGAGUGACACACAAGAUGAGUUUAAAGUGAUGGGAAGCGCAUUAACCACAAAAAAAUUGGUCAUAAUUCAUCCUGGCUCAAAACAUCUUCGGAUUGGCCGUGCAUCUGAUGUUAAUCCACACACAAUCCUGCAUGCAAUUGCUAGACCUAGACGAAAAAAUGGACCAUUACACAGAGAUCCUGUACUGAUUCCAACUGUAGUAUUGUCUAAAGAAAAUAAAGUACUAGUCGAUGAAACAUACCAGUCAAUGAGGGGAACUUUGCAAUCCUGUUUAAGGUCAGAUGGUACUCCUCGUCCUGCUACUUCAGUCCAACAAGUAGCAACAUCAAACAAACAAUGUACUCCCAUCCAAGGUUCAAUAUCAAAGUUACAACUUGUAACUAAAUCAGAAGUUGAAGAUUACAUUAUUGGAGAUCAGGUAUUGUAUGCUCAUCCUAUGGAUCAAUUUAAUGUUCACUUCCCUUUUCGACAUGGAGAUUUGAAUAUUCAUUCUGGUGUGGGUGGAUCCUUGAGCUCUGUUCUUGCAGAUUUGGAAACUAUUUGGGGUCACUGCAUUGUAAAUUUAUUGGAAAUCCCAAAAUCUGAAUUGAAGCACUACAGGGCUGUGCUAGUCAUUCCAGAUAUUUACAAUCGACUUUUCCUUAAAGAACUGGUCAGUUUGUUACUUACUCACCUUGGAUUUGGAGGUUGUUUUCUCUUACAAGAUCAUGUAGCAGCAACAUUCGGAGCAGGACUUGGAGCGGCUUGUGUUGUUGAUUUGGGCGAUCAGAAAACAUCCGUUUCGUGUGUAGAAGAUGCAUUGUCUCAAAGAGCAACUCGAAUUCGCUUAGAUUAUGGAGGGUCCGACAUCACACAAUCAUUUCACUAUUUAUUACAACGUGCUGGCUUCCCGUAUAAAGAAUGCCAACCUCAACAUCCGUUAGACGGUGCUCUAUUAACAAGAAUUAAAGAAGGAUAUUGUCAUCUGAAUCUCGAUUUCUGUGGUCUAAGAGACGUUAACUUUGUGGUUGAAAGACCAGGAGUCUCAACUCUUCGCUAUCAUGUCAAAGUCGGCGACGAACUUUUGUUAGCUCCUUUGGGACUUUUUAACACGGAAGUGUUUGCACUAACUGGACAAGACAAACGUGGACAAGGGCAGGCAAAUGCUUCUGGUGAUCCUGAAGAUCCUCACGAUGCAAACUAUUUACGAGAAACAAGUAGGAGAGCUCAUAAGGAGGCGCUGGAAAAUCAAAGUGCUUCAGCAGCUUCAAUGGACACAGCUGAGAACUCUACGAAUACUGGCGGUCAGGGAGAGGAAGAUCUAGUAGUGGACAGUUUAGCCGCAGAUGCAGCCCCAGAUGACCAACCUCAGCAACAACUUCUGUACAGUUUGGACCAAGCCAUUCUUCAUUCAAUUGAGCGUUGCUCCUCCGAUGAAAUGAAACGUCGAAUGUAUUCAUGCAUUCUUCUCGUUGGAGGUGGGGCCAAGUUUGAAGGAUUGUCGACAUGGUUGCACAAUCGGUUGUUAUUGCAAAUCCCGUUCCAGUUUCGACCGGAGCAAACAGAAAUUAUAGUUGGACCGAAAGAAAUGGAUCCUUCUAUGGUAGCGUGGAAAGGUGCAGCUAUCAUGUCUUGCUUGGAAUCUGCGCAAGAGUUGUGGAUUCGACCCGCUGAAUGGAAAAAGAUUGGCGUCAGACUUUUAAGAGAAAGGGCCCCAUUCUAUUGGUAGAUCCAUUCAGUCAACUGUAAUCCAUCCAUUCGUACAAUACAUUGCAUUGGACUACUGA